AAUAUUCUGGUCUAAAUACUGUUAUUAAUUACUUACUUGAUGAAGCACAAUUUUUGUAUCUUGUAAUGGAUGUACAUAUGAAAGAAGAUCAACAUACUGCACAAAACAUUGCAAAAGGAAUAAAUAAA